CUUAUUUAUUGUACAUUGUUUCAAUCAUCUUUAUUUAUGCUCAUUUGUGAAUAAAUCAUUUCAAAAUUACAUGCAAGCCUUAGCUAGUAUUAUCGUGUUUUAGCUUCUUGAGACAAACUUUGACUGAUAAAGCAAUAGAAGCAAUUAAGACAAAAAUAUACCAAGUAAAUUAUACCAAGCAAAAUUGAUUUCACUGUCAACCUGUAGUCUCAGUUGGCCUUGUAAACUUUGAAAACAGAGGGUAUAGUACAAUUCAGCCAUUAUGCCUCUGGAAUCUGGAUAGGUCACCACUGACAAACAUGUAGGUUCGAUUCCCACCUGGGUAAAGUGACCUUUUCACAUUUUAGGAUUUGAUCGAAUGUUUCAUAUUAAUUAAGUAGCAAGUAUGAAAACAAUAUGCAUACAAGUUACUCUACACAGUGCCAAGACUAUUUUUCACCUUGACAAGUUAAAAUUACAUGGUGACAGUUUUAUUCUUCAUUGUUACAAUGUUAUUCUACACUAUGACAAGGUCAAUGUUCAUUGCGACAAAGUUGUUCUACACUGGAACAAGGAUAUUUUACACUAUGACAAAAUUGUUAUAUACUGUGACAAGCAUAAUUAUGUUCUCCACAGUGACAUGGUUAUUCUACAUUGUGACAACAUUAUUCUACACUGUGAAAAUGUUAUUCUACACUGUGACACGGUUGUUCUGCACUGUGACAAUGUUAUUCUAGAUGGUGUCAAUGUUAUUCUACACUGUGACAACAUUAUUCUCCAAUGUGGUAACGCUAUUCUGAAUUGUGACAAGGCUUACAAUGUUAUUGUACACUGUGAUGCUUAUUCCUCAAAGCUAUUUACCACUAUAUCAUGAUUAUUUAUUUAUGCCUGGGUCACAUUUGCUCCGAUCCAUCGGCCGCCGCCCAGCCGAUUAAGUCGCCUGGGUGCCGUAGUGAAAAUCGAAGCAAAU